AUGGACGGAGUCAUCGGCAGACGCAACCGUCAACAUAUCCUUCCAGUGAAGGAACCGCGCCCUGCACCUACAGGUCCUGAGAUCCCGCCUCUCGUGUUCGCUCCCACAGCCGUUCCAGCUACUCCACCACCAGCCGUUACUUCUGCCGCGGGUUCCCCGCGUCGGUUGUCGCCUGUGGCGUCUCCCACCAGGCCUGCCGGGUCGCCAGUCGUGUCCCCACUCCCGUCGCCCAUCUGUUCUCCCGCGAAAGGAGGCGAGGCGGCCUCCUACCGCACGAAGACUGGACGGACAGGCAUCACAGUUGCACUCUUUCGCUUAAUAGAUGCACCAGGAGCAGAUCCCAAUGCUGAGUGGGAAGGCAGCAUCCGAUCCAUUAAGUGGCUGGACCAGACCAAAGUCACCCACAACGGCUGCAAAGGUCAUUAUGUCCACAACAUCUGCGUGUACGGAUUGGGGGACCUGGAGUGGCUGAUUCAAAGGGACAGCUUAUUUGCCAACAAGUUUGAGGUUGACAAUCACCCUCUCGUGGCCGAGUGCAUGGAGCGUUGGUUACGGCGCAAAACGUUGUCUCAGUCGGAAGUCCCCAUUCAGCCAGAAUGGCGGGUUAGCAAGAACAAGUGCUUCUUUGACAUCGAGGGCGACGACUGCAAUACCUGACCCCAUCUGAAGACCCUUGAGUGAUCAACAAUUGAAGGAAGUGCUCACUUAUCUUCAAAACGUACCCGCCUUUCUAUCAGUUCAAUAGGAAAAAAAA